UAGUCAAUUAUUAACAUAGUUAAUUUGAUAUUGAGUUGUUAAUUCAACUGAAACUAUUUACAAUUUGCACAAUUUAAAUAAAAUUUAACAUCGAAAGAAAAAGGAAAAAUUAAAAAAAGAAGAAGAAAUUGCAUUAUAUAACGGAUAAUUAAUCAAAUAGCAGACACCAGCUCGCAGUUAAGACCUCCUUAUAAAUCUCAUGGCGUCCUCUCGUUCCACAUUCUUUUCAGUUGGAGUCCUUUAGACUUUUCCUUUGAUUAUUUCUCAUGGAGAUCCUCCUCCUUAUAUAUAAUCCAUGUAUUUUCCAAAUUUCUAUAUGUCCAUCCUCCAAGAAAAUCUCUCAUGGAUGACUCUUAUACCAAUUGCAAAUUAGUCCUCGCAGCUGUUCUAAUAUGCACCACCGUCCCCAUGGCCAUGACCAUGACACCGCGGCCUCUUAGGCUCUCCUCCGCCACCACCCUCCUUGCCCGUCUACAGCUGGAGGGCGAGUCGUCGUCCUCCAGCUCCGGUUGCUGGGAGUCUCUGUACGAGCUCCAAUCGUGCACCGGCGAAGUCAUCAUUUUCUUCGUCAAUUGCGAAACGAGGCUUGGACGUGGCUGCUGCAGUGCUAUACGCAAGAUAGAGCUUGAGUGCUGGCCUCAGCUGCUGGGUGCGCUUGGCUUUACUACUCAAGAAACCAAUAUCCUCCGCAGAUACUGCGAUGAUGCCGCUGACACCUCCGGUUCUGUUGUGCCGCCACCUCCGCCAUCAACCGUGGCUCCUAACACGACGGAAUAUGGCCAGAAUUCCCGGCCUUAAAAGAUGGUACAGGCUAUAUGUAUGCUGGCUUCUAUAUAUAUUGAAGUGUAUUUGCACACGCAUGCAUGCCUUGUAAGGUUUCAACGUGGAUAAAAUAAAUUAAGAAAAGAAAACAAGGGUUUAUUUGAAUGGAUUACAUCAUGAAUAUAUAUAUAUAUAUAUAUUUGAAGAGCAUUUUGUUUUUGAGUGUACGUUUUGCACUGAACGGCCUUGCUUCAAAGAAUUGAUGUACGGAAUAGAGAAACGGAUUACUUU